AUGACGCUUUGGCUUGUUUCUCCAUCAUCACCAACUGGUAAUGAUCGUCUCAUUGAAUUAGCGGGUAUUGAUUUGUGGAUUGGAUUAUGUACUAACCGAGUAUUCGUCUACCCAUCUGACUUAAAUACUGAUCAAUUCAAGUAUGCACUAAGUCGUACACUUUCCUUGUGUCCCUUAGUUGCUGGUCGUUUCCUCUUGCCUGAAAAGGAUCAUUACUUUAUCAAAAUGUCGGACAAUCCAAUUCCGGUCACUUACACCGAAAACACGGAAUUAGCUGCUUGGCCUACCGAAUUGAAUGUGAUUUCAGAUCAGCAUAAAAAUUAUCUUGCGCCAUUUAUUGACGAAAUACAAACUUUGAAACCAAUUUAUGGUUCUCAAGAAGAGCCUCUCCUUCGUCUGAAACUAACUUGUCUGAAGCAGAGUGGCGAAUGGAUCUUAGGAGUAAGUUGGGCACAUGUAUUGGGUGAUGGUGGAGCUUCAUCAAAAUUUUUAAAUACUCUAUCACACUUUUAUCAAAACUUGGAUCCAGUCAAACCAUUGCCUGUAUUCGAACGACGUUUAUGGCAAGAAGACGACGCGGAUCAAUCUCUUCUGCCUAUGAUGAAAUAUUUGGCUCAUGCUGGACUAUCAAAAGACAAGUACAAACUUUGUAGCCAUUGGGAAGAUAUAUACGAGCAACUGAACUUGAACUUUUCGGGCAAACAACUAGCUAAACUACGUGAGUUAGCCGGUGGAAAUAAUGUCACUAUUCAAGAUUCACUUUCUGCCUAUAUAUGUCUUACGCUGAAUACACAUUGUUAUCUAAAUGAUGCACAACGUAGCAUUCGACGCAUCAAUACAUAUGUCAACUUUCGUGGUAUCUCCGAUGCGAUUGCUCCAGCUGGAGUCAUUGCAAAUACUAUAUUUUUGAUGCCAUCGGAUGAUUUUGAUGAUGGAAUGUCUUUAUCACAUAUUUCAAAGACAAUUCGUCAAUCGAUUCUUCGAUCACGUAAUCCAAAAUUUAUGGAGCCUUGCUUGGCUACUGCUGAUGUAUUAAUGAGAAGAAAUGCACGUGAAAAUUUUCGAGCAUGUGGGCAAUUUUCGAAUGAAAUGAUAGUUAAUUCUAAUUUACGAUUCGAUUGGGCGAGUCUCGUGGAUUUUGGUUAUACAGACAAAUGUCGUUGUUACGCGCCACGAACGAGUCCAUUGUUUCUUCGUGUGUAUCGUCUUAAUCCAAUAAAAAAUGGAACUGCAUGGUUACCACGUGAUCGAGAUGGUGUCGAAGUUGCUUUUGGAAUUGAAAAGGAACUGAAAGAAAGGUUUCUUAGUGCAUGGCAAAAAGAUGUUGCCGAAAAUUUUUCAAACGUUAGACAAUAA